GUCCUUAGAAUGUGAGGGAGCCGCACGGACACGGCUCGCGCUGUUCAGUGUGUUUUACUCUGAGAGCCACUGCUUCAUUUGCGCGGGGCUUGGAAAAAAUGAGAUUCCAACGAUUCUUCCUCGUGUUUUUCGUUUUUAUGAUGAGUCUCCUUUUUAUCAACGGGCAGAGGCCAGUCAACCUGGCCAUGAGAAGAAAAUUUCACAGACACAACUGCCUGCAGAGGAGAUGCGUGCCUCUUCACUCCCGGGUGCCCUUCCCCUGA